AUGCCGCAAUGUUGUAAUUGCGCCUGCGGUAGACCGGGAUGCGUGCCUAUGAAGCGUGUGCGCUACGUCCAGCCUCCAAAACGGGAAUCAUGCAAACCGAUCGUCACGUACAAACCGCCAGAGGUGGAAUUUGGAGGUGAUUCCGUGUACAAAACGUCCUUCAACACAGAUCCUCAACUGGUUGUCAAUGCUCGUCCGCUGGCAAUCAAGCCACAAAGCCAUUUGGUACCACAUCCCGGAAGUUUAGAGAAAACUACUGUCACAGCGCUCUCCUACCCUGGCUAUAACAAUGUAGACCGAGCACAACCGAUAGUUCCUACCGGCAAUCAGUUGAUACAGCCGGGGCCUUUGCAAGAGGUAACUACUACCCGUCAUGAUUAUGUGGCCAAAACGACACCAAAGCGUUACAAAAUUGUCCCGGCUAGCCAUAUGCACGUGCACAGUGCGCCAUUUGAGAAGCAAACUAUGAACAAACUGUCGUACAGCUGUCCCAACAUGGCUAGCUUUGAACCGGCACGGUCUUGCAAACCGUUGCGCGAGUACGAACGUCCCGAGAUACCGAUGCAGUCUGAAACGACCACCAAGCUCAGCUAUGGUCCUAUCUGUCCACCGCCAAAAGAGGACGUACCUUGGGCGCGGCGGCCGUGCUACCAACCACCAGACGUACCAAUGGAUAAUGAGACGACGUACAAAAAAAGCUACAUGCCCGGUUGUCCGAACGAACGCGUCAAGAUGGUGCUGCCGUACAACAAUCUCGCUGUACCUGCCGGUUCGGGUUUCGAAUCGAAGACAGUCUACAAAGAGAGCUACCAUAGUGCCACAUGCGGUGAACGCCCGCCCCCAAUCCGACCAACAGCACAUCUGCGGCUGCCCAAUCAAAAACUCGAGGACGACACAGUUUACAAGACAUCAUUUGCGCCGCACUGCAACACGGAACGUCCGGCGCCAAUACUUCCGCGCCCAGCGCCGCUAAUCGGAGAUGGUCCCAUGCAGGAAAUGACGACGCAAAGGCAUGACUUUGUUUGCAAAGGACAAGCGAAGCGGGACCCAAUAGUUCCCCAAGGAUCUCUUACGAUGCCAACCGGACGGGUAGAGAGUGCCACCGUCAAUCGUUUAACCUACACGAGCAACAAAGAAAACAUAAUUCCAACGAAAUCGUGUAAACCGAUUAUCACCUACAAGCGCCCGGAAGAACCAAUGGAGAGCGAUACGACACAAAAACUUAGUUAUAUGCCUGUUUGUCCACCACCCAAAGAGCAUUAUCCUUGGGCACAACGGGCUCGCUACCAGCCACCCAAUCUACCGAUGGAUUCAGUUACAGUGCAAAAGUACAGCUACCCCCCACCAGGGCAAUACAUCGAAGAACCCUGCUCCAACACAACGGCAUGCUGCGAGUCUUGCAGUCCGGCAGCGGUGAACUGCUGUGCAAACGUGGUCACGGCGUGCAAUGCCGUCAGUUACCCGCGAGCAGCUAUUGUGAAGUAG